AUGAAAGAAAAGAGCAAGAAUGCAGCGAGAUCGAGAAGAGAAAAGGAGAAUGCAGAAUUCCUGGAAUUGGCGAAGUUGCUGCCACUCCCUUCUGCAAUAACGUCGCAGCUGGAUAAAGCAUCCGUCAUACGACUGACGACCAGUUACCUGAAGAUGAGACAGGUUUUUCCUGAUGGCUUAGGAGACGCUUGGGGGGCCGCCCCACCACCACCGCAGCCGCGGGAGCUCUCUAUACGGGAACUUGGGUCCCAUCUACUUCAGACCCUCGAUGGCUUUAUCUUCGUAGUGGCACCUGAUGGGAAGAUCAUGUAUAUCAGUGAGACUGCGUCGGUACAUCUCGGUUUGAGUCAGGUGGAGUUGACUGGCAACUCAAUCUAUGAGUACAUCCACCAAGCUGAUCAUGAAGAGAUGAGCGCUGUCCUCAGCUUACAGCAUCCACAUAGUUAUUUGGGUCAUCAGUGUCCAUCUAUUGGCUACCCAGUCGGAGGCACUUGGAGCUCAAGUGUAGACAUAGAAUGCGAGAGAGCGUUCUUCAUAAGAAUGAAGUGUGUCCUAGCGAAACGUAAUGCUGGUCUAACAACAUCAGGAUAUAAGGUGAUUCAUUGUUCGGGCUACCUCCGCGCUCGGCGAUUCGGCGAAGGCUCGGCCCCACUUGGGCUGAUCGCGGUGGGUCAUUCCCUACCCCCCUCGGCUGUCACGGAAUUGAAACUCCACUCAAACAUGUUCAUGUUCAGAGCGUCACUGGACAUGCGACUUAUAUUCUUGGAUGCUAGGGUGGCAUCUCUCACGGGAUAUGAGCCGCAAGACUUGAUAGAAAAAACACUAUAUCAUUAUAUCCACGGAACUGAUGUGCUUCAUAUGAGACAUUCGCACUGUACAUUACUAACCAAGGGUCAGGUGACAUCCAGGUAUUACCGCUUCCUCACGAAAUCUGGGGGUUGGGUGUGGAUGCAGAGCUACGCGACUAUUGUCCACAACUCCAGGUCUUCCCGGCCGCAUUGUAUUGUCUCUGUCAACUACGUACUGAGUGACAUCGAAGAGAAGAAUUUAAUUUUAAAUUUGGAACAAGGCGCGCCAAAACCGAACACAGACCCGCACAUCCCACAGGUCUCGCACAUCCGGCACACAGAUAGAGUAAAUGACGAAUUCAGCACAGACUACACGCAAUUUCCGGAAUAUACUCUACUGCCGACAAUACCAACAUACGAGACCGACGACUACCAGAACCAAAAUGGCUACCAGGAUAUGUUUUAUAACGAAAAUUAUACAGAGCCCGAGUUGCCGAACUACGCGUACCCACAAAACCAAAGACCAUUUUCAGCGAGUUCGUCAUCUUGCUCCUCCAUUGAGAGUUCUGAAGUGAAUCAAUAUAGUUACACGAAUCUUAUUUCGUUCUAUGGACAAAAUGGCCGACCGGAAAACUUUGGCAGCUUUGGGAAAUUACCACAGAGUCAAAACGUUCAAGAAGGCUACACAAGCGUAAUUGUAGAUAAUACACAGCAGUUUCAUGGAAGUAAUGUCAACGAAUUCGUGCAUUGA